CAGUGAUUUCCUCUCCCUCUGACGUGUUUCUCGCCCAUUGCAUCUUCUUCACGUCCGGCGAAUUUCCAGAAAGGUUUUGAACCAUGGAUAGCUACUGGCAACUGGGUGAUGAGCUUCGAGGCCAGACCAGAGCAUCAGAGGAUCAAAAAUGGUUGAUGGCUGUAUCAAAGAUGGCUGAGCAAACUAGAUCAAAGGGGGAGAGGAUGAUCAACCUUGAUCUCUCCAAUCUCCCUGCCGAAGUUAGGCCAAGCGAGAAAUUCGGGUUUCGGGAAGCUAGCCUUAACUUUAACAUGCUGAACUUGGAUGCUGAUUCCGGGGAAAGCAUGGGAAAAUCUUCUAUGCAAAGUGGUAUUCUCCACAAAAUGAAUACCGGUUUCCCUAAGACGAACAUAAAAAACAUGGGGAAUCUGAACAUUAGCAAGUAUAUCGGCAAUGCUGUUGCCCACAAAGAGCCCAGCAACAAGAACAGCAAUGAUAACGCUAAUGUGAAUUCAGCUGUGGACAAGAGGUUCAAAACCUUGCCAGCAUCAGAGAUACUACCCAGAAAUGAAGUGCUUGGGGGCUACAUAUUCGUUUGCAACAAUGACACCAUGCAGGAAGAUUUGAAACGUCAAUUAUUCGGUUUACCUCCAAGAUACAGAGACUCUGUCCGGGCGAUAACACCUGGAUUACCUCUGUUUCUUUACAAUUAUACCACUCACCAGUUGCACGGUAUCUUCGAGGCAACAAGCUUUGGUGGUACAAACAUCGAUCCGACUGCUUGGGAAGACAAAAAAUGCAAAGGGGAAUCAAGAUUUCCGGCCCAGGUUAGGAUCCGAGUCAGGAAAGUUUGCAAUGCAUUGGAGGAGGACGCAUUCCGGCCCGUUCUUCAUCACUAUGAUGGUCCGAAAUUCCGCCUUGAGCUCUCUGUUCCUGAGACACUGGAUCUGCUAGACCUCUGCGAACAGGCCGGCUCUCAAUAAGCUGACCACUGACGCAAACUGUGUGCAAAAUGGUGUUUGGCUGAGCAUCUUCAUCGGCAGUACCACUGAAGAGUUAUUCUUUAUACUAUACCAUGGAGCGUAAGCUUUUCGGGUUUCAAUAGAAAUCCUGGAGUUGAGCUGUGUUACCAAAGGAUGUGUGUCUUAGGACAUUAGGGGACAGAGAGAGGCAUUUCCAAUGUGUAAACUGUAAGUUGCAUGGUUUGUCUGCAUAUGUGAGAUGUAAUAUACUCUCGGAAGAAUUAAUUAUGUAUCUGUAAGAAGAGUUGCGACAAGAACUAAGUGAUCACUGUUUUUGGUGUAAUGGAUGGAUUCCGUAUUUGUCAAAA